UUGAGAUUGAAGUGGGUCUCGCAGGCGACAGCUUGAAGUGGUGUAAGGAUUUACAGGCGCAGACAGUCGAAUCAGGCGACCGGAAGAAAACAAAUUGCGCCGAGUGGAAGUGCUGUGGUGAACGCCGGAAUGAAAAAGCUACCAGUGGCUAUAUUGGCCAGCACUUUGUUGUUGUGGCAGACAACGGCGUUGGCGGGGCGCAUUGUGAAGCGCAGCUACUCCGAUCAAAGCGUGCAUGGCUAUCAGACGGAGCGCACAUGCUGGUGGAACGAGGUGUGUAAGGAGGAAUUUCAGAAUCUCUUCCGCUGCAAGUGUCCACAAUUCUCAUACUGCCGCUCACCAGGACGCUAUUACAAUGCGUAUUGUUCAAUGACCGACACCGGCUAUAUAUGGACACAGCCCACAUGGGAUUGGGUACCUUGAAUGCUAAAGCCAAAGCCGGUCGACUGCCUACAUUAAUAAGUGCUAAGCACACACACAGAUAGACAUCUAAAUAUGCACUUACAAAGAACUUACUUAUACUUAUGCCUAUAGUUAGGAUAUAUAAUAUUCAAAGGAAAAAACAAUGAAAAGUCUUAAAAGGAUAUAUAUAGUCUUAAUAUAAAUAUAUGUAUAUUACAACUAUUCUAAGUAGAAUGUUAUAAGCAGAGACAUACAUACAUACAUACAUACAUACUAAUGGUGCUUUAGAACCGACAUUCAAACUAGAAUAUUUUACACAAACAACAAUAACACAGAAACACACAAUUGCAACGAAUUAGAAAUGUUCCGUUAUUCAUAACAAUAAUUUAUAUACGUUUACGGACUUAUAUGAAAGUGUUAGCACAUAUACUGUUAUAUGAGGUGUGUUCAAAAAAUAACGGGAAUUUUUAAAUUUUUAAUUGUUAAAUUUUUUUAAACUUUUUUAGUUUUAUACUUGUUAUUGCCCCUGAACUACGAUAAAAUUAUAAAUUUUUUCAGCUGUAUUUUAUGAGCUUGGCCAUACUCGUUUUUAAAAGCUCACACUUCGUUGUUUGCUCGUGAAUGCUUGGCGAAAAAAAAUGAGGUAAUGAAGCCCCAGGCGCCAUAAUCACCAGACAUGGUUUCGUGUGACCUUUUCCUAUUACCAAAAAUAAAGGGAACCUUAAAGGACCUCCGUUUUACAAGCAUACAAGAAAUCGCUGAAAGAGCCAAAGGCUAUCCAAAAAAUCGAGUUUGAGAAGUGCUGGCAUAAGUGCAUAUUAUCGAAUGUGGACUAUAUUAAAGGCGACAAUAUUAAUGUAGACGAAUAAUUCUUUUUCAAAAAACGACAAUUCCCGUUAUUUUUUUAACACACCUCGUAUACCCUUGAAACCUUUGCUGAAGCUCUAACUGUUUCUAUUGACUUUCAUUAUAUGAUUUCAGCUCUUUAUUUGACUAACCAUUUCGGAACCUAAUACCCCAAGUAACGGUUUUAAAGGUCGAUUUGUCUAAAUUCAAGACCCAGCCAAAAAUUCGAUUGACUCUGUUUGACUCUCGAAAACAACGUGAUUCUACUCAUUUACCAGAAAAUGGAAUAUUUUUGAGCUCCGUUAGAUCGCGACCUUAGAAUAAUAAAAUCGGUCAUGAAAGAGAUCUCAAAACCUUUAGUUCAUGGAGCUCUAAAACGUAAGAUAAAUAGAAAAAAAUAGUUUAGAGUUUGGUUAGAACUUGUUAAAACCCGAUCUUUAUUUUAAAAUUUUCAAAAUAUAAAAAGGCGACAGCUAAGUUUAGAUUUCGUACCCAUUGUUUUUGUAAAUCACAUAUAAUUUCAGUUACACCUACUCAACCUAACCUAACAUUGAACUACGCUCCAAGAAUAACCUCGCAAAACCUGAAAAAUUACAUACAAAUACAAACGACAUAUUUCAACACAAAUACCUACCCACAUAUACAUUCUCAAAAGCUUUUAGGAACCAACCAAUGAACUAUGCUUCCAAAUUAGUGAACCUUAUACAUUAUUAGAAUAAAAAUGCGUUAUUUAUACAAUCCCAAGCAUAAAUAUAUAUUUAAAUAUACAGCAUAUAACUGUACUUUGAAGACAUGACAAGCGAUUACCUUUUAUAAACGAAAGUAACAACAACAACGCUAAAACGAAAUCAAUCAUAUCCACUAAAACGUUUUACCUUAAAGACUUAUUGAUGAACCCUAGCACAGACGACAUAUUCAAAAUAUAUAUAUGAGUAAGCACAAGACAGUUAUAGUUAUGCAAAACGGUUACAAAAUAUUGUUGUUGUACAUACAAGUACAUAUGCAUGUAUCUAUAUUCAUAGCUAAUUAUAUCUACGCGAAUAUAUAAUAUACAUACAUACAUAUUAUAAGAUAAAGAUAUAUACAACUGCUACGUUAAGUUACGAUAUUGUUGAUGACGUUUUAUUAAAUGACAUAUUAAUAAAUCUGCCAAUUUGAAAAUACACACACACAUAU